GCUGAAACGCCCAGUUUUAUACCUCAGGUAUCGACAUGUCCUGAUCAAGAGCUUACGUCCAGUUCGUCCGUCACAAUGCCUAUGCUCAUAGACACCGCUGAGCUGUCCGGCCUGGCUGCAGAGGGUGCUCUGUAUGGCGUAUUUCUGUCCCUCUUCACUGUUUGCACUCGUGAUCUUUGGCUUCGAAGACGUCGUCGCAAGACCACCCUUAGCUGGCCCAUGGUUGUUGCUGGUUUCUUGCUGAUUCUACUCGCUACGGCACGUUUCGUUGUGGAUUGUGCAUACAUCUCUGUCGCGUUCAUUCAUCAUGAUCCUCGAUCUGCACGCAUCGCCUACCUACAGGACGUUACCCAACCCUUGUUCACGGCGAAGCACAUGAUUCUUAUUGUAUCGUUACUUAUCGGUGACUCGUUCGUGAACUACCGGUGCUGGGUGGUUUGGGGAAGGAAUAUCUGGGUUAUAAUCCUCCCCGCUAGCCUCUCAUUCCUGAGUUUCGGUUCGGGUUGCUAUCUGAUGUGGGCUUACAGCAAUCUGCCUAACCAGACCGUACUCCAGGAGUCUACUUGGAUGAAGAUGCUGUAUGCACCCAGUCUCGUGGCAAACGCUCUCGGUACCUCUUUACUCGCGUACCGAAUCUGGUCAGUUAACAAGAGGCUUCGAGAUAUGGUUACGGAGGAAAAAUCGAAUCUUACCACGCCUGUCGUUCGUAUCAUCUUGGAAUCUGGUGCCCUCAAUGUUGCCUAUCUAUUCGCCUACGUCAUGGCAAUAGGAUGGAGCUCUCAAGGUCUUGAACUUAUAUCUGAAAUGGCUACACCGCUCACAGGGAUCAUCUUCUCCACCGUGAUUCUUCGGGUCGCCCAUGCGCGCCACGACGAUACGUUCUACACUUCGAACCACCUUCCAACACUUUCGUUCCGUUUUGCAAAGAAAUCCACGAAAGCCACGGAAACCACAGACCCGAGCACGGUGGAUAUGGCCACAAGUACAAAUAUUUUGGGGGACACCAAGAGCACAGGAAAUACUAAUAUUGUGGAGGUCUAUGUUCACGGCACUACUACAAGGCAUUAUGAUACGGUUUACGAUGUUGAACUGAACUCACUUGACGAUAGGGCCGAAACCGGUUCCAAGGUUUAAUCUUGUAAUUAUGGUAUGGUGCUGCCUUCUACAAAUGUAUAAAAUUAUAAAUUCUAUGGCAAUGCGUAUCCAAACUCAGGCGUC